AUGGAUAUAUUUAAUCUAGGCAAUGAUCCAUUUGAAUUUAUUGAAAGUGAAGGUCAAUUUCUUCCUCCUGAAACAACAGAUAAUUAUAAUUUAGAUGAUGAAUUAAACGAUAUUCUAACAGCUAAACCAUCAAAUAUUUCACAAAUUCAAUCAUCACCAUUACGUCCAAUUGAUUUACCAUCACAUAGAAAACAUUAUGGUCUUCUUACAUUUUAUCGAUAUCGUAUUCCAAUACUUUUUCGUUUAUCAAAUAAUCAUUAUGUUCCAUAUAUUCGCUUUUGCUAUGCAUUGAAUGUACUUGAUCAACAUCAAUCAAAUCGUAUGAGUCCAAUAUUAGAUAUGGUUAAAAAUUUACCUAUACUUGAUAUGACAUCAAUUGAGAUAGUUUAUUAUCAUCGAAUUAUUAAUUGUUUAUCAUCAACAAUUGAUAUAAUACCCGAAAAUCAUUUAGAAUGGUCAAAUAAAUUAUUAAGUGUAGCUUUAUUGGAUUGUCUUCUUGGUAUUCUUGAUUGUUCUACAUCUUUUUUUCAAACAAGUAAUUGGAAUUCAGAAAAAUGGGAACAAAUUCUCGAAACAAUGAGACAAGAAGUAAAAUCAAGAUGGACUAUUGAAGAAAAAUUGGUGUUAAAUCAAAUAGAGAAACAAAGUCGACAAUCAAAUAAUGAUACCGAUUCACUAUGUGUCUCCUCAACUAAUAUUGCUCAACGACGAUUAUUUUUCGAAAAACGUCUUGAUCUAUCGAUUGUUGAAGAUUCAGGUGGUUUUGUUCAAAUAGAUUCAUAUAUAUUUCCAUAUGUUAAAUGUUCGAAAGAUAAUAAAAUUUAUAUAAAUGUAAAUGAUAUCCAUAGUCGUUAUCAUCAAUAUUUACUUUUACCAUCAUCAUAUAUUCAUCGUUUCUCUUCCGAUUCACUUAUCGCUCAUGCUUAUAAUAUUAUAAGUGAGCAAGCACGAGAAAAUUUCUUUUGGAAUUCUAUACAUGGUACUGUUUACAUGUCAAAACGAUUACCAAAUCCAAAAAAUCAAGAUUUUGAAUUAAAAUUUCUUUCAUUAGAUAUUUUUCUUCGAACUAAAGGAAUGUGUUUUGUACAAUUAUUUGAAAAAUCUUCACUGGAAUAUUUAACAACAAAUUAUAAGAAUCAAUUUGGUCGACAAUUUGUUAUAGGUGAUAGUACACGACAAGGUGGAUUAAUUAAUAAUGAAAUACCAUAUCUUCGUACUGGUAAACAAGAAACUCUUUGUCAAACAUGGAUACCAAUUGAAACAAAAUCUGAACGUGUAAUGACACAUGAUGAACGAUUAUUUAUUAAUUGUAUGCUUUUAUAUCAUGAUCAUUGGAAUAUGGUUUUAAAUAAAAAACAACGAUGGUAUUUAGAAGAAAUUGAUAUGGAUGUACAAAGUUCUAUUAUGAGUCUAUUUGAUCAAGAAUAUUAUGAAAGACAACAAAGAAAAUUGUUUAUUCAUUGUUAA